CGAUCAUGCAAAACACUACCGUAGUUUUAUACUCGUCAUGGUUAACACGAUUAUCAAGCUUGGAGGCACGGCGUCCAAUGUAACGGUGGGGAAGAUCGGGCAUGGGCUCAUGCUCAUGACGUGGAAAGCGGUACCUAGUCCCGACGAGGAAUGCUUCGAAGCAAUCAAGGCAGGCGUGGACUCACUGCCAGAGGGAGCCAAGAUGUUCUUGAACAGCGGCGAGUUCUACGGACCCAACCUUUCGACCGCCAACCUUGAAAUGUUGGCGAGAUUCUUCAGCAAGUAUCCAGAGUACGCGGACAGAACGUUCCUUUCGGUCAAGGGAGGCCUCAAACCUGGAGGUUUCGAACCCGACGCUUCGCUAGAGAACCUUCGUCGGAGUGUUGAUAACAUCAAUGCCGCUCUGAAAGGAACGAAGAAACUUGAUUUGUUUGAGAUGGCAAGAGUCGACCGAAAGGUGCCCAUCGAGGAUGCGAUCAAGAACAUGACCAUCCUGAUCAAGGAAGGGAAAUUCGACCACAUUGGCAUGUCGGAGUGUCGGGCUGAGACUCUUCGACGUGCAAACUCCGUCCAUCCGAUCACCGCUGUAGAGAUUGAAGUGAGCCCAUGGAGCUACGAGGAGGAGACAAAGAAUGUUAUUGCAACUGCUGAAGAGCUGAAUGUCUCUGUUGCGGCGUAUUCGCCGAUCGGCAGGGGCUUCUUGACUGGCCAGAUCAAAAGCCUCGACGACCUUCCGAAGGAUGACUUACGACGCCAUUUCGAUCGCUUCAAGCCAGAGAACUUUCAACAUAAUCUGGCCCUUGUCGAGGACCUUACGAAAGUUGCUGAACGCAGGAAGAUAACCCCAGCGCAGCUGUGCAUCGCGUGGGUAGCGUCGCUCGGCCCGCAUAUGGUUCCCAUUCCUGGAUCUUCACACAAGAAACGCACGCUGGAGAAUUUACAUGCAGCGGAGGUCGACCUGUCGGAAAAGGAUAGGGAAGAGAUCGGAAAGAUCAUAGCGUCCCACGAAGUGAAGGGCAAACGGUACCAGGAUGUCCCUGAUGAAGUGCUGAACCUGUGGGGUUGAAAAAACCGGGUCUGUAUCAUGUUACCUAGCAAGUCAGAGUUGAAUCAAGAUUAGUGAACAAAGCCAGACCCGAGGUCUACCAG